CAGAGAUAUUCACGUGGCAGCUAAACAGCCCCUCUGCCGCGCCGUACAGAAGAAGUCGUUUCUUCCGUUACCAGUGUUUCAUAAUACAGGUUUAUCCUUUGAGAUUGUUGGACAAAAGACACUGUAAAAGUGUCUAGUCAUUAUUUUUAUUCCAGUUCAGUUAACUGAGCAAAACUCAAUUGAUAUAAAAUUUAAGUAAAUAAACUUAAAAAAGAGUUUGUCUUUACCAGGUGUUUGGAAAUUUUGCUCAGACAAAAUUUUUUAAGUCCAAAAGGUCUAUGUCAGAAGACCUAUGUCACUAAGCUGGUUAAGGAGAAUUGUGUGUUUGCCUAGAGAAACAAUGCAAAUUAGUGGGUUAUGGUGACCUCUUCUCCAGAAGAAAGUGCUGCCGCUGCUCAUUAUCAGUUAGAUACAUGUUUAUUCAGACCCAGGACACUCCAAACCCAAACAGUGUGAAGUUUAUUCCAGGGAAACAAGUGCUGGAGUCGAGGACCAUGGAAUUCUCAACACCAGCUGCAGCAUUUUGCUCACCAUUAGCAAGACAGUUAUUCAGGAUUGAAGGAGUUAAAAGUGUCUUCUUUGGGCCUGACUUCAUCACAAUCACAAAGGAGAGUGAAGUCCUGGAUUGGAACUUACUGAAACCAGAUAUUUAUGCAACUAUAAUGGAUUUCUUUGCCUCUGGCUUACCUGUAGUUACUGAAGAGGCACCUCGUACAGACACAGCUUCUUCGGAGGAAGAUGACGAAGUUGUAUUAAUGAUUAAGGAACUGCUGGAUACUAGGAUAAGGCCAACAGUGCAGGAGGAUGGCGGCGAUGUCAUAUACAAAGGAUUUGAAGAUGGGAUUGUGCAGCUAAAAUUGCAGGGGUCAUGCACGAGCUGUCCUAGUUCUAUCAUAACGCUGAAGAACGGAAUACAGAACAUGCUACAGUUCUAUAUUCCUGAAGUAGAAGGUGUGGAACAGUUUGCAGAAGAACUAGAGGAGAUUUGUUGCAAGCAGAGCUUCCUCGGGAGGACAGGGUUUGGGGCAGACCUGAGGAAAGUGAUCUUGUAUGUUCAUUAUCCAGGAGCUGAGGUUUCUUUAGAAAAAAUGAACAUCUGAUUUACUAAUCCAGUUUUUUCAGAAACUAAGCAUGUUCCUGUGUAUUGUUGAAUGUCCAGGAGGGCAUUCUAAGUAUAUGGUGAUACUGAGGACCAAAUCUCCACUGGGGUAACUGCAGAGACCCUAAAACCCUGUGAAGUAAGCCAUCAGGAAUAUGGUCCAUAGUGCACAAAAGCAGUGUGUGGUACAAUGGACUUCAUAAUCUGUUCAGCUGUUGAUAAAUAAAUAUUUAACAGAACAGCUAUUUGACUUCCCCAGUGAUAGUACAGUGUUUUAUAACUCAGACAGGAUUUUGAGACUGGAAUUACGGCAUCUUUUUCCCCCUCACCCAUUUAGUAAACAGCACCUGAUCUUGAUAAUGUAUUUAUAACAAAAGUGUCCUUAUGGCAGAUGCAUCUGCUUUGCCAGGGAUCAGCUUGUAUGCACAGUAAUACUUUCAGUCUCAAAAUGGCUGCUUGUGUUCCGGUUUGUGAAAAAUGGACUUGUUUUUUGGCUUAAUUUGCAAUUUUGUGUCCACCUCUAUAAACUUUGAAAUACUCUGAUGCAAAGCAGCAGCUGUGUUGCUGUGAGUUAAAUAAAAUGUGUGGCCUCUGUGCUUUGGGUGUUACAGUCAAUAUUUUUCAAUUUUGUUAGGCAACAUUAACCUAAUUAAUUUACAAGAAGGUUUCAGUUUUCCUUUGCUGUGAACAUAUCAGUGUUGACUACUGUGGGAACAGCUACCAUAUCUCUCUGCUCUCACAGAAGUGCAAGAUUGGAAUUGGGACUUGACUAUUUUGUACAUAAAGCACCUUAUAGCUGAAGAUUCAGAAAGAUUUGUGAAAUCCCUGUCUUGUGGUUGAAGCACUGGACUGGGAUUCAAAAGAUAUGAAUGUAAAUUACGGCUGAGCCACAGAUUUCUUGUAUGAGUUUGGGUAUCUUGCACUCUGUCUCAGUUCCCUACCUGUGUAAUGGAUGUUUUGUUUUUCUCUCUGAAUAAAAGUGAAUCUGCGUAGGAAAACGGAGGCAUUCAGGUGCUACUGUAAUAAAAGUAACUAUAAUAUUC